CAGCAGCGGGUCCUGGACGUCGGGACGAGGGUGAAAGUGCUGGAGCAGGUACCAUGCCUCCAAUGGGGCAGAUCGAAAGCUUAGCCGAUGGCCUGGCAGAUGUCAGACAACUAUAUGUUGGCAAUGCCCCUAGCACAGGUGGAUGGAGUCGCACCUGGCACUCCGAAUUCCUCUCACGGUUAAGCUAACAUCUCCCGCUGCUCGUUAGCAUCACGAUCCGAUGCCGAACCCACGGUCAUACAAGAACCCUAGGUCUCGAUCUGUGUCGAAAAGUCCGCUCACUUCACCAACGCUGGAACGAGAUGACCCUCUCAAUCGACAAGUCGCCUUCGUUCCCUUCUCGGCAGGAGCUCCCUCCGGCAUCAGCGAUGAGACAAGAAGAGCUGUUCGUGUGCAAGCCGCCAAGGCUAGUGCUGCAGCGAGAAAACAGACAAUUGCACGGAAGCUGGCAGAAAAGAGCGGCCAAACAUUUUCAACAGAGACAAGUCCGACCUCCUCCACAGAGCAAAGCGAAGAAAGCCGGAGAGCCUCAUCAACGUCGGCGGCAGAGAGCGAUCCAACCAAAAGCAUCACCUCCCGGAGCCCUUCACAGUCCCUAGAUGUCAGCCCCAUCGAUCCAACAACGCGAAUAUACCCCAUAUCACAAUGGCAUCCUGUCAUCCCUUCGAUUGUCGACUACUUCACGAAAUACUUUCUGCCCGAUGCAGCUCCACCUCAAGACGCUUACGGACGUGACGCGAUGCGCACGCAACUCUGGCCGCUAGCGCUCUCCGACACAUGCCUCUUCCACGCGAUCCUACUCAAUGCCGCCAGCCACGCAGUCGUGACAGGUGCACUGAAUGUGCCUACAUCUCUACUGGCCCAACUCAAGCAUACCGCGCUCGAAGGCAUCAACGAAUCUAUCGCCGGCCUCGACUUCUCACAGGUGGGGGAGGCCAUCAUUGACGCGAUCGCCCUUGUGGGCGCAUGGGAGCUGCAAUACGGCACGGCGGACACCUACGAGACCCACAUGGGCGGUUUGAGCGCCAUCGUCAAUAAUCUACCUGGAGGCUUUGUCGGCGCUCAGACUAUACUCCCUCCAGCGACCAUCAACGUGAUCUACACAGCCGGACACGAUCUGGCAGUCUACGCUUCCAAGCGACCCUUCUUUGAUAUCCCUGGCGCACCAGCGCUAUCGGCGUCCCCGCUCCUUCCCAGCACGCUUCCCGCUGCAUUCGAGAAAUUGAAGACACAGCACCUUCUGUUGCCCAGCUUCAUGCAGCUGAUUAGCAGGCUAUCGAACGUGCUGCCAGAAGAUCCAGCUGCAAGAGUACGGCUCGACGAAGUACAGCAGGCUCUGCUCGAAUGGGAGGUCGAAAACGUUACCGCAACGACAUAUUGUCCUUUGCGAACAGUGCUUGAAGAUGCCGCGAUUCGCCAGGUCUACCUUCACAUGCGCCUCGCCGCUCUGGCCCUGUGUGGCUACACUCGUUUCGCGAUGAACACUGAUGCGCAACAAUUUCUACAGAGCCUGUACAACGAAGCUCUGCUGUUGCAAUCAGAUCUUCUUGUCGGAACUUGUUUCGAAGAGCUCAUUUUCUGGUGUUUGAGCACAAUCAGCGCUACUACUGGUCGAUGCGAGCACAAGCACAUGCGAUCACUCAAGCGGUUCACACUGGAACUUGGAAUCACAAGUUGGGAGGAAGCUCGACGCAGCUGGACGCAAUUCAUCUAUCCGGCUUCACUGGACAGCAGAGCAUAUGCUCUGUGGCAAGCGGUAAACAACAGCACAGUCGCUCGCGAUCCCAGCGUGGGUAUGGGUGAACCCACACGCUACGCCAAGGGCAUCGGCCAUCCAACUACCCACAUUGCUGCUCUGGUCGCUGCCGAGGAAGGAUGAAGAUGAAGCUGUUCCGGCUCACAUCGUCAUCAGGGUCAAUCUUACGCCCGUUACCAGCCUUGAAGCGGCUCAUUGACGAAGUAAUUCAGCGGCAACAAUGCCUGCAACCGUCCGGAUCCAGUCCAUUUCGCCGGCAUCAACUAUCCUGGACCAUGGUAGGUUCAGGAGUGCAGACUGGAGGGAGGUCCCGGACUGAGAUCGUGAAAUCACGAGUAGACGAGGCACGGUUGCGAUAGCUCAUCAAGCGGGCAAAGCUGCGCGCGAAACUUUCUGCCAGACGAAAUUCUCUGGGCGCGCUCUCACUCUAAGGACAAGGAUUCCCUUAAAAGGAAAGACGUCGUGCAACCUCAGUAGAGCCAAGAAAAAUCGUAGACGCGGAAUACCGUAAUGCCUACGGUAUCUUCCCCGUCUCGGGACUCACAUACCCUGGCACGUAUCGGUUUCAACUGUCACAGUUCCAACCAACAACCCGUGCACGGAUGCUAGGAAUGUCGCCAUCCCAGCGAGAGAGCACUACAGCACACGGUCCACGCGAGGCAAUUUCAUCGCUCGUGGCACCAUGGUCGGCGUGCAUUGUAACUUUGCAAUCACUCAGCCUGGCCAACGUGGUCGAAUCAAGCCUCUUGGUCGACACGACGCCGGAUAUUUCCUGGUCGUAGCUUUUGAUUCCGGACCCGAUACCGUGGAACGUUUGCAACGAUCGGUAACUUGAGGCCCGGCAAUGGCCUGCUCUUUCGGCAUUUCUUGCAGCACGCCGGCCGGGCAGGCAUUUGCCUUUUGGACUCAGCGGAUAGGGCUAAUACACAGGCGCGCGCAGUAUGCGGUUGCGCUUGCCUGCAUGACACGAUGCGGAACCGGCG